AUGCACUCCAAUAUUUUCCUUCUUUUGGCUGUUGCCGGCCUAGCCGGGCAGGCUCUCGCUGCCAUCCCCGGCGGUCAUGGCCAUCUGCAUGGCCAUCAGAAGAGGGCUCUAGUCACGGAGGUUGUGACUGUCACAGAUUGGGUCACCGUCACUGUCACUCUGGACUUCAACCCCCAUACUCGCUUCUACACCAACAAGGGCAAGACCAAGGACUGGAAGACCAAGCAGAUCAGCACCAGCACCUUUGUGGAAGCAGCUGCUCUUUCCACGCCUAACCCGGCUGUGCCGACCACCAUUGUCACCCAAGUCAUUUCGGCUGAUCCUGCACCAGAGGUGAGCCCUCUUCCUGCUGCGGAGAGUGUUGUUCCUCCCCCUCUCCCGCCUCCUCCGGCCUCGACACAGUCUACUGUUGUCGAGAAUGUCCAGUCUGCCCCUUCGGCCAACCCAGGUGUCGCCGAAGAUGAAAACAGCGGCAGCAACUCUCAUGGAUCCAGUGGCAAGCGUGGCCUCGCCUAUAACGAUCCCACUCUCUUGAAGCGCUUCGUCAAUUCUGGAACCAAGAUCUCGUGGACAUACAACUGGGGCCAAUAUGAUGAUUCCGGUCUUGAUCUUGAGUUCUGCCCAAUGCUGUGGGGCCUGAAGCUCGACUUCCCCCAGAUUUGGCCUACCAAUGCCCAGAAAGCGAUUGGUGCUGGCUCCCGCUGUCUCUUUAGCUUCAACGAACCCGAUCUUGACUCUCAGGCCAACAUGUCUCCUGAGCUGGCGGCCCAAAAACACGUCGAGCUCAUGAACCCCUUCGCAGGCAAGGCUAAGAUUGGCGCACCAGCUAUCACCAACAGCGGCGCUCCUCACCAGGGCAUUGGCUGGCUGCAGAAAUUCUUCAAUGCUUGCAAUGGACAGUGCGCAGUUGAUUUCGUCAACAUCCAUAUCUACGGCGUUGAUACCAAGACCUUCCUUAACCAUGUGCUCAACGUCUACAGCACCUUCAAGAAGCCCGUCUGGAUCACUGAGUUCGCCUUCGAUGGCACUGAGGAGCAGAUCAACGCUCAACUGACGGAGGUUAUCCACCAACUCGAGAAUAAUGCGACCUUCUCUUUCGUUGAGCGCUACGCUUACUUCAUGGUCAGCGAGGGCCAUCUUGUCAGAGGCAACACACUCAGUGUUUAUGGCAAUACCUUUGCGUAUGGCUCCUAG